AUGGAGAACGGCAACUUGACUGCGGCGCAAUCGAUGGAAUCAGUUGACAAUAUGAGUACAACCUCAGCUGUUCCACCCGCACAAGUGCGUACUCUGUUCGUUUCUGGUCUUCCGAUGGAUGCAAAACCCAGAGAAUUAUAUUUGUUGUUCCGAGCUUAUUCCGGCUAUGAAAGUUCUUUGCUGAAAAUCACUUCAAAAAACGGCAAAACCGCCUCUCCAGUCGGUUUUGUGACAUUUUCAACGAAAGCUGAAGCAGAUGAGGCAAGAAAAGCAUUGCAAGGUGUAAGAUUUGAUCCAGACAAUGCGCAGACAAUACGUUUAGAACUGGCUCGAAGUAAUACAAAAGUAUCAAAACCGAAACAAAUCUCACCACCAGUAAUAGCAAAUGCUCCGUCGAGCCUACCACAAGCAGCAGCAGCCAUGUUGCAAACGACUGUAAAUGCACCACAUCAAUUUGUAACACCAUUACCUACCUCUCAUACACAUGAUCUUACCGCCGCAUGUCUUGAUCCACAUAUGGCCACACAGUUCCUCACCGAUCAUCAGCUUCUCGCUCUAUCCACUCUCCCACAGUUCACGCAAACACCGCUGUUAUUUCCAACUACAACUACACUACAAAUUCCAUCAGUUGCAUCCAAUGUCUCAACCAUGUUCCAGCCAAAUGCAGCAACUUUAGCACAGCUAACUGCUGCUUCACAACUUUCUGCUGCACAUCUUUCUGCUGCAUCUCAGGUUGCAAUUGCAUCACAGGCUGCAUGUUCUACGUUAUUUGUUGCUAAUUUGGGACAGUCGGUUAAUGAAGAUGAGUUAAAGCAGAUAUUCCGAUCAUUCCCAGGAUUUUGUCGACUGCGGAUGCAUACAAAGGGUGGUUCAUCGGUUGCCUUUGUUGAAUAUUCAGAUAUUCGACAAGCAACACAAGCGAUGACAAGUCUGCAAGGUUUUCAAAUAUCCAGUUCAGAGCGCGGUGGAAUGCGCAUUGAAUACGCUAAAAAUAAAAUGGGCGACGUUAAUGGUUGA